UUUCCUGUAUCCGUUAGUUUUUUUACUUUUCGUCCCAGUGUUGCGCAACUCCUGCUUUUCUGCUUUCUUUCCAGCACCUGUCUUCUGGUGGACAUGUCGGAGUACAAUGCGGUGCCUGCAGCGGGACCCGGGGACCCUCUGGGCGGGCAGACAGCUCUCGGGAACGGGGCAGGAGGCAUCCAGAAAGAUGCGUUCGCGGACGCAGUGCAGCGGGCCCGGCUGGUGAGGAGGAGGGAGAUUGCAGCAAAAAUUGGAGUUGAUGCUGGUCCUCCUCCCACGAACAACAACACUGCAUCAGAUGGCUUUCCCUUCACUGCACAGAAACGCCAGCUGGAGGAUGCAGAUGAACCGGAGAGUAAAAAGCUGGCUGCUCAGAGUGACUUGGAUUCAGCCAAUGCAUUGUCUAUUGGUGCACAACUGGCUGCCCUACAAAGUUCCAGGCCUGCCUCCAACACAGAGGAAUACAGUGUCCCGGACAGCAUGGUGGGACUCAUUAUUGGCCGUGGGGGUGAACAGAUCAAUAAGAUUCAACAGGAGUCCGGUUGCAAGGUUCAGAUAGCUCCAGACAGUGGAGGCCUUCCAGACAGGAGCGUGUCUCUUACAGGUUCCCAAGACUCCAUACAGAAUGCCCGGAGGCUUUUGGACGAGAUCGUGUCUCGAGGGAGGGGUACGCCCCCUUCUUCUUAUCACGAGUCCACCAACGGGCAGAGCGGCACGGUGCACGAGAUGAUGAUCCCAGCAGGCAAGGCUGGGCUGGUCAUUGGAAAGGGAGGAGAGACUAUCAAACAGCUGCAGGAGCGUGCAGGGGUGAAGAUGAUUCUGAUCCAGGAUGUCACUCAGGGACCCAACGUCGACAAGCCCCUACGCAUCAUCGGAGAUCCCUAUAAAGUCAAACAAGCCCAGGAGAUGGUGCAGGACAUUCUGAGGGAGAGGGACCACGGUGGCUUCAAUGAAAGAAAUGACUUCAGCGCCCGGAUGGGAGGAGGCAUGGAUAUUCCUAUACCGAGACACUCAGUCGGUGUGGUUAUCGGGCGCAAUGGAGAGAUGAUCAAGAAAAUCCAGAAUGAUACCGGAGUUAGGAUACAGUUCAAACAAGAUGAUGGGACUGGUCCAGAUAAGAUCGCACACAUCAGUGGCCCCCCUGACUGCUGCGACCACGCUUCUCAGAUCAUCAACGACCUGCUGCAGAGCAUCAGGGUCCGGGAUGAGGGACAGGGGGUAAAUGGUCCCCCAGGUCCUCCAGGCAUGCCUGCAGGCAACAGGGGUCGAGGUGGGGGUCAAGGCGGCUGGGGGCCCCCUGGAGGGGAAAUUACCUUCUCUAUUCCUGCCCACAAGUGUGGACUUGUGAUUGGCCGGGGAGGAGAGAACGUUAAAUCCAUCAACCAGCAGACAGGGGCCUUUGUAGAAAUCUGCCGACAACCCCCCCCCAACGGAGACCCCAACUUCAAGAUCUUUAUCAUCCGGGGCUCGCCGCAGCAGAUCGACCACGCCAAGCAGCUCAUCGAGGAGAAGAUUGAGAUCCCACUGUGUCCUGUGGGCCCGGGGCCAGGUGGACCAGGUCCUGGAGGUCCAAUGGGUCUCUACAACCCUGACCCAUACAACCCUGGACCGCCUGGGGCGCCCGGACCACCACAUGGUGGUCCUCACCAGUACCCCCCUCAGGGCUGGAGCAACACCUACCAGCAAUGGCAGCCCCAGGCCCCCCAUGACCCCAGCAUGGCAGCAGCCAAUGACCCCAACGCAGCCUGGGCGGCCUACUACGCUCAGUACUACCAUCAGCCGCCAGGGGGGGGUCCAGCCCAGAACCCCGCUACCCCGGCAGGAGGAGGGGCCCAACCUUCAGUGGAGCAGACCCAGCCUGCACAGACGCCCGGGGGCCAGCCAGACUACAGCAAGGCCUGGGAGGAGUACUACAAGCAGAUGGGCCAGGCAGGCGGCUCUGCCCCUGCACCUGCUGCACCUGGAGGAGCAGCGGGGGGGGCAGCGUCCACAGCGGGGGGGGAGCCGGACUACAGCGCUGCCUGGGCGGAGUACUACCGGCUGCAGGCGUCGUACUACGGACAGACCGGACAGGCAGCCGGACAGCCAGCCGCUCCACAGCAGGGACAGGUCGGUACAGAGCGAGGCUUUCAUCCUGCUUCUGUGGAUCCUGCAUCUGACACCGAGGUUUGCUUUCAAUCCAUCCGAAGUAAAUACAUUAUUUUCUAAAAUACAACGGAUGUGCUUCCUUUCAACUUUUUGUAUUUUAGACGCAGUGAUGGCAGAAGGAAUCAGGAAGACAGGAUGAAGAAGACGACCCCGAAUUUAAGUCCGGGAUCCAGCCUGUUUAUCUUUUAUUUAGAGUGGAAGUGAAACCCUUCCUCACCACACGUGGAAACUUUCCAAAUGAACAUUGUCAACUGAACAAGCUUUCCAGUGCUUUGCAGCUGAGGCAAAGGACUGAUAUCCCACCACACAGGUUCUCAAUACCUUUUAAAUAUAUUUUAUGAAUGCCUUUAUAUAUAUAUGGAAGCCUUGACAUGCUUUCUUUACUGCAGAGGAGUUGCUUUUAAAAAUAUAUAAUCAUCCUCAUCUCCCUAGCUAUCAGGUCUUAUAUCAUAUUGUGUAUCACCAGUCGUCCCUUUUUAAAGCUCAUUUGAUUUGCCCAUUCUUUUUAAUUGAAUUCUUUGACUCUUCUUGAUUUAGCUAAGACUUUAUUGGUAUUUCUACAUUUUGAUUAUUUUUCAUUUGCUUAUGAAUGUGUUCAUAUGCAGCAUUUUGUAUUGCAAGUGUACAAAUAGAUUUGUAGUAUUGAUUGGUGCAUGUGGACUCACGAUUCAUUGCUGAAAGCUGCUUGAGAUAUAUGAUGAAAACACCCCCCCCCCCCCUUUAUCUGCUAAGGACAUGCAAGUUAUGUGAAAUAGUUUUAAAUAGGGAGCGUCAAUGACAGGUACUAGACUUAGUCCUGGAGUCCAUGAAGUUUGAAGGACAACGUUGUAUAAUGGCUCGUAGGUUGCAGGAUGUAUGGGUCAUCAGGUAAUGCAUCUUCGUUAUGGCCUUCCUUUUAACUUCCCUGCCAUUAACACCCACCAGACCUUUUAAAACAUACUGGGAGUGGGCAUUCACCUUGAGGCAACUGCAUACCUCAUCCUAAUUUGGAGCUCCUGACACCCUCUGUAGUUUUCAUAUAUUCUAAAAUAGUGUUAUGUAAGGCUAAAUUCAACUCACAUUUGCAUCAUGCUGUGAUUUUAAUGCACGUUUUAUACUUACUUUGUUCAUGGAUGCCAACGAGUAUGUUUACAUAUUUUACCCUUCAUUGUGCGUAACAGAAUGAAAUGUAGUCUUCCAAUGUGUCUCACUUGAAGAUAUACAUAUAUUCAGCAAUAUAAGGCUGUCGGUUUGGACUUACAGAGAUGUAUCAGGUAUGUAUUUUGAAUGGCAGCUUUGACGCAGUGUUGCUAUUGUUAAUAGAUGACCACCAGCAGCAAUACUCUGAAUUAAAAUGGGGCAGAUGUUGAUUACUUUAAA